UUCAAUAUGUUGGCCCAACAGACAAUCUUUUGGAGAGGUUUUAAAUAUUUUACUCGGAAGCAUUGUUCACUAUUCAGAGUGAGAACGCUAAAAAGUGAUUUUUCAUUGGACAAAGUUAAGGCUGCAAGAAUUGAAGAAAUAUCAAAAUCCCCAAGUGGCUGGGUAUCUCCACAAUAUCCUGUGCCAUCCCUGCCAUUUCAAGUUCGACGAUCAAAGACCAACAAUCUUCCAGUUUAUAUUGAUAAGAAACGUGGAGGGAGUUUGGUACUUACAGUAAUUAGGAAUAUUUCAGGAAGUUUGGAUGAAAUGGUUAAUGUUCUCAAGAAGCAUCUUGGUAACCAUUUACAUUUUCAAAAAAAUGAACUUACAAGUCAGGUGAAAGUCAAAGGUUAUCAUAAGGAAGACAUUGUGAGAUUAUUGAAAGAACUAGGAUUUUAGAGAAUUACCAACAUUUAUUGAUAUCAUAAUAGUAUGUUAUUCUCAAUAGCACAUGUCAAGGUUUAGUUACGAUGUUAGAAACUACUCAUCUAGGUACUUGAAAUCCUAAUAUAUCCACAAAUUGUAUCAUGCCUAAAAUAAUAGCUAAUGUAAACAUUCUUGAGAAGCAAAUAUACAAGGUAAGUAAAUUUCAAGAAUUAUACACAAAAAAAAA